GGAGAGCUGGGGCUUAAGGCUGCUUCACUUCCUUUCCAGCUGCCUCUGCGAAGGCAGAAGCAGAAGCAGCAGCCGCCCAGACUUCACUGUUAUGCAGUCGGCUGAUCGCUGUGUGUUGAGCGCAUGACAGGAAAGCACAGAGGCCGCGGGGAGAAAGCUCACAGCCCGCAGGAGGCCUGCGUGCUGCUGAAGCAGACCAGCCAUUCUUCCCAUGGUCAUAUUUGACAGGAUGUGCUGUGUCCAGUGGUGGUGGACUGCUGACUCCACUCUGAUGCAUCAGCAAAAUGAACUGAUGGGUACCUGCUGUAUGUAAUGGCACAGGCUCAGCAGCCUUAAAAUAGACCAACCUGUGAAUAAGGUGCUUCAGACUCCCUCCUGAUAUUUCGAAGUAUAGAAGAAAGAAAUGAAUCUUGCAAAUGAUGGUGCGAUGUCCAGAGCCAUAUUUGACUGGGACUAUGUUCUGUGGGAAGUUCGUUUGACAUUAAUAGCAGCUGGUUUUUUCAUCUACCUGGGAGUAUUUCUUCUAGCUCACUGGCUGUCCUCAUGGAUCAGUGCCACUUAUUGUGUUUUGUCAGCAAAGGAGAAGGUCUUCUGGAAUAUGACUAUCACACGUGGCGUGUUUGGAGUUCAGAGUUGCGUAGCUGGGUUGUGGGCCAUGCUUGUAGAUCCAGUUUUUCAAGCUGACAAAGUGUAUUCACAGCAAAAGUGGAGCUGGUUUAAUUGCUUAAUAGCCUCUGGCUUCUUUUUGCUUGAAAAUGUAGGCGUUCAUCUGAAUAAUAUUGUUUUCAAAACGUUUGAUGGGUUCUUGGUAGUUCAUCAUUUACUGGCCCUUGGUGGCUUUCUUGGGCUGAUAACAAACAUAAAAUCUGGACACUAUCUACCACUGAUUGGACUGCUACUUGAGAUGAGCACUCCUUCAACCUGCUUCUCCUGGGUACUUUUAAAGAUUGGCUGGUCUAAUACCCUUUUUUGGAAGGCAAACCAGUGGGUAAUGAUCCACCUUUUUCACUGUCGCAUGAUCCUUACUUAUCACAUGUGGUGGGUGUGCGUUUCCAAUUGGAAUGAUGUGGUGGAAAAUAUGGGACUUCCAUAUUUUACUGUCUUUUUCAUUGGAUUAUGUGCACUUACAAUAGUACUUAACCCAUACUGGACAUACAAAAAGACUCAUCAGCUCCUCAGGCCAGUUGACUGGAACUUUUCAAAGACAGCAGUGAAAAAUGGAUCUUCUGGAAAAUUAAAUGGUGAAACAGGUGAAAAGAAGAGGCUAUAGUGCUGCAACAGAUAUUAUGGUAACAGUAAAAUAAGGCCAGAAGAAUAUGGGGCAGGUUUACUGCUGAGUGCAUGAAAAUAGAAUUGCUUACAAGAUGUUUAUAAACAUAUUGAUCAGUUGGUAGAUUGAUAUCCGUAUUCUAUACUCAUUUAUCAAGUGUUUAAAAUUUGUUUUAUUUAUAUAAUAUAUAUAUAUAAUAUAAAUAACAGUCAAAAUCUUUAACUCAGUCAGGAUUUAUGCCAGCAUUUUUCUGAUGUUGGACAGUGCUCUGUCAUUUAGCAGUGAAAAGUAAGCUUCCAUUGUUCAUUUUAGACUCUCCAAGUGCUUUACAAAUAGCCAAUUAAGCCACACAGCUCCUCCCUUGAGGGAGAUUAGCAUAGUCCCACUGAAUAUGCAUGGGAGAUAUUGAUAGUAACUUGUCCAAAGUUAAAUUGCUAGUCAGUGGCAAAAGUAGGACUAGAAUGCAGAACACCUGGCUCCCAGACCCAUGCUUUUACCAUUAGCUCAUAAAAUUCUAUAAUGAAUUCUCCAUCAUUUGAAGUCCUUUAAAUCAAAACUAGAUAUCUUUCUGAAAGAUAUGAGAGAAUGCUGUAGGUCAAACAGAAGAUGUGGGCUUGGUGCAGAGCUGAAAUCACUGGGUGAGGUUCCAUGGCCUGGGUUAUGCAGGAGGAUGAUCAUAUUGGUCCCCAGGCCUUAAAAAUCUAUGAAAAUGCAAAGUACCACAAGAGUCCAUAAUGAGCUGUUUGUUAGCCCAAUUUCUAGUGUACAAGGGUCCAUUGCACAAAAUCAUCCCAGCUGUCGGCACUGAUUGACAACCUGGUUGGUUGGCCAGCUGACUAGAGGGGAAAUUGAGCUAUCUUUUUCACUUGUGCAGAUGUUUCCUCCAAAUGAAGGAUGUGGUUGUUGCCUGUUCUGGAACCUCUUCUGUGACCACACAGAGAGCUUUAAUCUUCAGGAACACUCCUCUGUAUGAUAACACUCCUACAACAUACUUUUGGCAUCUUCUCUGGUUUUUUAUUUAGGAUCUUUAUUUUCUUUACAAUAAAAUGGCUCAUUGAGGAUGAUAAUACUUUGCUAGCAUCUGUCUAGCACAACCCUAAAUCUUUCCCUGAUAUAAAGAAAAUAUUUGUUGGUUUAAGGCUAACUAGCCUUGGACAACUGGCUAAAGCAAUCAUACCCAGUUACAGGCUUGAUUGGAUCAGUACUGGUUGAGGUUGUAGACAAGUGACUAAUAGACUCUUCUGUGCAGGAGUAGCACCUAAUGGCAGGAGUGAUGCAUUAGUUUUAACAUAUAAAACUGGCAAAAACAAAAAUGUGCUUGGGGCACGUCCCACAAUCUGACAAGAACUCUGCUUAAUUGUAAAUUUAUUUCCCAAAGUAACUAGCUUCUAUAAGACGCAUGGAAGUAUUUUAGGUCAAGGCUCAUUUUCCUAACCGUUUUGUAUGUGGACGUGUGGGUAACAUACACUGUUUUCCUAAUUAUAAGGGAAAAGCAUAAAUUAGCACAUUGUAUGUAGUGUAAAUGAAGCAUUUCACUGGCGCAUACCAGGUGGAAUGGGGAAAUUCUGAAUGAUCAGAAUGAUGUGGGGCCCAAGCAGAAACGUAUUAGGGAACACAUCAAAAAUCUGUUCCUGAGAUAUAGACCCUUUCACCUCUAGAUCCUAGGUUCAAAUCCAGCCCCAGUUGAUGGCAAUAGAGUGAUUAUCUGAAGGUUGUCUAAUGAACUACAUGAAAUAUAUUUUGUGGUCUCAGUCCAGUUCCCAGUGGACAGUACUCCAAACCCCCACCUUUUUGGCAGUCUUAUGAGAGAGGCCAUGAAAAUCAGUUACUCUGUUAUCCAUAGGUGUGGCCCCUCCAGAUCAGAGUAAAGUCUUGUUGUUUGGGCAGCGUGGCACACAUUGAUCCUGUCCUGCAGAUAAAGAACUGACUGCCCUAGGGAAUCCAAUCAAGCACUUUUCAGGAGCAGAAAAGUCACACACAAAAUGCUUGAGAAAAGAGCUGAGGAUGAAUCAAUUCCUCAUAAACAGAAAAGAAAAUCUGGGACCCAAAUGUGUAGAGAGGCCAUACCUCACUGCCAGAGGUUUGUGUUGGGUGCUCAGCAAGUCUGGUCACUUGGGAGCAAGAUGCUACCUGGAGAAGGCAUGGAGAUGAGAAGACACAGAGGUUGGGGAAUUUCUUGAAACCAGGAGACUGGAGAAUUUGUAGAGGCCUAAGGACAGGAGAGAAGUAGCCUCAGAAGUGGGUGAAACAGGAGAUUGGGAUAUACUUGUAAUUUUUGUAGUAGUUUGCGUGGCCUUGGUUUUAGCACUUGGAGGGGCUGGGAUUAGCCGUAGUGCUGGAGAUUCAAAAGGAUAUUGGAAGGGUGUUCUCCAGUGGGAUUAGGCAGCUGGAUAGGUAUCUUGAAGGAACCGUGUAGUUUUUUGUUUUGUUUUUUAAACAAUUGGGGAAAUAAUAGGUUUUGUAAAACUGAGUUUAUAAAACCUGUUAUGAACAGAAUAGCUUUUAUUACACGGAUAUAUAUACAAUUUUAAUAGCAUUUCUUUUUUAGGAAAAGGUCGAGAAAGGAAAUUUUAACAUAAUCCUGGAGCCAGUGUAAAAUGCUCAGGACAGGAACCUUGUAAUAUUUUAUACUUCUUAAAGCAUCCUGCACCUCAGUGGUAUUUUAUGAAUAAUUUUAUUAACCUACCAGUGUUUGCUAACACAAAAGAGCCAGAGAGUGAUGUUAUGUAUCUAAACUGAAUUUUUAUUUGGGUGGAGGAAGUGUUCUUUGGUCUUGUGAAAAAUGUAGCUAGGGCAUUAUUUUUAUUAAUGUGACUUUCACCUUGAUAGUGUACCUUGAGCACCGAGAUAUCUUGGGUGUAGUAUACUUUAUUUUGCUUUAUUUGAAGAGGGGCAGUGGAGAAGGAGGGAGGCUCAGAACUUGUUAAAGGAAGUUCUUCUGGUCUGAAUGUUGGAUCAUAUUAAAGAAGUUCUGUAUUAAAAUCACAAAUGAGUUUGAUUCCCCAUAGUUUUAAUUAGUAAUACCCUGGAAUUUAGAAGUCUCUUGGUUUUUGGAACCGUUUCUCUCCCUCUGUGUGAAACUUGCAAGCUGCUAAUUGUGUUAGUACAUUCUAAGACAAAGUCUGUUCUCAAAGCAAUUCUUUGUAACAACAACCACUCACACAGAGAGACUCAAAGCAAUACUCUGUAACAACAGAAACAGCACCCAGAGACUCCCCACCCUUUUGUUGUAUUCAUCUCACUUUGUUAACAAUUGUGAUUAAAAUAGAGAUAGAGGAUGUAUGUGGAUGGAUGCUUGGUGUGGAUAAUAACUGAAUGAUCAGGGAGGUGCCAGCCUAAGAAUCCAGUGUCCAUCGGCUGAAGAAGGCGUCAAGUGGAAAUAACCAGAGGACCCCCGGAGGGCAGACUGGAAUCCACCCAACAGCCUCAAGAAUGGGAGAACCAAAGAACAAGAUAAUAUCUGGCAGCACGGAGCCGUCAGGAAUGUGCCAUCUGCUGAUUGAUUCAGCAACAGCAUGAUGAAGCAAUUCCCAUAGACUGGCAUAGGAAGAAAUUCCUAUAAAAAUGGACUCUAGAAAGUGAGAACUUUAGGGUCUGAUUCUGCAAACCAACUUCCAGGAGCAUCAGAUGAGCAUCUGACAAGGCCCUGCUCCCUCCUCAUGUCCAGGCCAGUGGCUUGGCGUGAGCGACUCUAAGGCUGGUAACUAUGAUGAUAACCUUGCAGAACCUGUGUGUGUGUGUGUGUGUGUGUGUGUGUGAAUAAAUAUGAGAUUGAAUGGAAUGUUAUAGCGAUAACUAACUGCUUACUAUGAUUCUUUCUGUAUUCAAAAUAAAUGUGGUAUUUUGCCUUUUCCCCUUUAAUAAGAUCCUGCUGGUUUUUUAUUUUAUUGGUAUAACAUGAAUCCCUCUAAAAUUAUAAUCUCAACAAGUAACCUUACGUGUACAAAAUUACCUAUCUGUACUAGCUAUGCUGCCACUUGUAGGCAGUUUGGUCGGGUUUAUUGCUGUUACGCGGAUGCAUACAGAUAUCUCUUUCUUCUGGACCUAGACCAGUAGCAUCUAUUUUCUUUGUUUCUUUAGUUCUGAAGGAUGAGAUAUUAAUCCUGUCUAAAUGCUGCUAAGACUUUAUUGCUGUAGGCCCAGACUAAUUGUAGUUCAUUUGUAGGUUUUGCUAAUGUAAAACUUAGUGUACUCCUUUAGGAGGACCUCAUCACACUCCCAUAUGGAAAAGCUCCCAUUGACUUCAGCAAGAGUUGGAUCAAGCCCGUAGUAUGUUGCUGCCAUCACUUGCAAAAUUUUUGGAUAACCCUGAAUGCUGGCCAGUUAAUGUACACCCUUCCCCAGUUCAAUGCUCCAGACUUUAUCUUUGCCUUUGUCAUGAACAGGAUUAAUCAUUUUAGUGCUUCUUAGAGAAACAAGGUGUUUGAGGUAAUACCUUUUAUUGGACCAACAUCAGAUAUUACCUCAACCACCUUGUGUCUCUAAUAUCCUGGGACUAACACAGCUACAACAGUAGUACUUCUUGUCAGCCUUCUUGCCAGUGCUCCAUACCUUUUCAAACAGAUCCAAAACACUCCAGCCACGUAUCUUGUUCUGAUUUCCACUCUUCUGGGCUGUGUACUUUGCAUUGACUUGGUGUUGUGUUUUCUUUUCGUUUGUUAAAUCAAUGUUUUUGUUUUUAACUACAAACCUAGCAUGAUCAUGCAUUAAGCACAUAGACAUCCGUGCUGUAUAGAUUCCAGCCCAAACUCUCAAGCCCUCCUCUACAUUGCCAACUGUAUCCAAGUCCUGCAAAUUUUUCUUCUUGUAUAGUAAUUGAGGAUUUAUAUACCGUGCCCUCUCUUUCUAUAACACUCUACUCUUGCCCUCAGGGAGACUCCCACUUGACAUGGAUUUAGAAGUCCGUUUAAACUGUCUUUUAAAAUACUGAAUGUAGUUGGGUUCAUUGUACAAUAUAACAUUUUUUUAGAUGGCACUCUGUCUUUGGCUUCUUUGCAUCCUUAAAAGUAUUUUGUGGAAUUAUUAUAAUUUGUGUGACUCUUCCAUUCACUGUUUUUACUGAUGAAAUGUCUGCUUUUUGACUAUUCAACUUUGUCCACUGGUAACCUGCAGUGAUUAAAUAAGCUUGCAAUGUAUAUACUAAAUGUAUCAUUUUGUGUAUUUAUAAUGUUUUGUUACAUUUGAUAAGGAUAACAUCAUGUUCAGCAAUUGUGAAUAACUAAAGGAUAAAGGUCUUCAUAUUAACAAUGUUUAUAAAGAAACAGGUGAAAAACUGCCCAUUUAAUGAUUACAGAUCAUUAAUAUCAAUGCAGGGUCAGAAUGUUUUUCUUUUAUAAAGGGGAUUAAAAAUGCAGCACUUUGACAUUA